CUGAUGAGCCAGUUGUCUCGGCCAUGCCGGAUGAUGCUGCUGGUGAACCCACAGAGCGGGAAGGGAGAGGCGCUGACUCUCUACAACAACCACAUCCAACGCAUGCUCAACGAGGCGGGAGUCCCACACACGCUGGUCAUCACCGAGCAUCAGAACCACGCCCGGGAGCUGGUGAGGGAGGCCGACCUGUCGCAGUGGGACGCUUUGGUCAUCAUGUCGGGGGAUGGACUCUUGUUUGAGGUGAUUAACGGUCUGCUGGAGAGAGAGGACUGGGAGGACGCCAUCCGGACCCCGCUGGGUAUCCUUCCUGGUGGAUCAGGAAACGCUUUGGCAGCGUCGAUACAUCACUACUCCAGAUCGUCUCCGGUGUCCAGCGAGGAGCUCCUGCUCAGCUGCGGUUUCCUGCUCUGUAAAGGUCUGGUGUCCCGCAUGGACCUGGUCUCGGUCCAGCUCUCCUCUGGCCCUCGCCUCUUCUCCUUCCUCUCCCUCGCCUGGGGCUUCGUGGCGGACGUGGACAUCGAGAGCGAGAAGUACCGCCACGUGGGAGCGGCGCGGUUCACCGUGGGCACGCUGGUGCGGUUGGCGUCCCUCCGGGUCUACAGGGGCCGGCUGGCGUACCUGCCCGCCCCCGACCAGGAGACUCUGAGGAACGAGGUGACCCUGCACUGCAAUAAUCAGACGCUCAGGUCCAGAGACUCUGUCGGACAGAACACCUUCCACAACUCCUGCCACUCCAACAACUCCCUCAAAGCGCGGCGGACAGAGAGCACGCCGUCCAGAAGUCCCCACAAGGCGCCCCGCGGCCCGCCGGACUCCCUGCUGCCGCCUCUGGACCAGCAGCUGCCCGGGGACUGGGUGCUGGUUCAGGAGGAGGACUUUGUGCUCAUGCUGGCUAUGUACCACUCCCACCUGGCCGAGGACCUGCUGGCAGCACCGGGCGCCGCCCCGGACGACGGGGUCAUCCACCUGUUCUACGCGAGCGGGAUCUCCCGCGCGGCGCUGCUGAAGCUCUUCCUGGCGAUGGAGAAAGGCGAACACCUGGGGACCAUCUGUCAGCAUCUGGUGUACGUGAAGGUGCGGGCGCUCAGGCUGGAGUUCUCCCCAAGGAUCAUCACGCUGGACGGCGAGGUGGUGGAGUACGGGCCGCUGCAGGCCGAGGUGCGAGGACUCGCCAGAUUAAUCACCGGAUGAACUGAACGCACGUCGACACGGCCGAAUGAAGACGCUUCAGCUUUAAAAAUGUAGCGCAGGGCGGGAACAGGAAGGACGGCGU